AUGAGUAGAGCUUUGAUACGAGGGGCCGUGUGCCAAUCUUGUCGCCAUGAAGUGCUUCGAUCAUUUCUUGCCGUCUCCGGCGUACCGAUGCCACGAUUCUCUUAUUCUACGCGCUUAACCUUGAACUCCAGGGCUUUCUCUGCGGUAGCACCGUUGCGAUCUGACCGUCCUCCUGUCUCGAAUCCUCCUGAUAUCAUCCUGUCACCAGUGGUUGAAACAGCACCGGAAAAUGAAGAUAACGAACCCACUACAUCCAAUGUCCCCUGGUAUCUACGGGAAGGGGCUCCAAUCAGGGAAACCCGCCCAAUAAUUGGUGAUCAUAUCCCAGAGCUCCCCGAGAAUUCUCCUGAAAUACUUCAGGUUCUCCUCGAGUACUCCUACAAAGAUCUUGGUCUGGAUGAUUUGAAAUUAUUUGAUCUUCGCCACCUUGAUAUCCCUGCUGCACUAGGCGCCAAUGUUAUCAUGAUCGUUGGCACCGCUCGCAGUGUGAAGCAUCUAAAUGUUUCUGCGGAUCGGUUAUGCCGGUGGCUGCGGAAGACAUACAAACUUUCACCACAUGCCGAUGGAUUGCUGGGUCGAAACGAGUUGAAAAUCAAGCUGCGUCGCAAGGCCAAACGCGCCCGUGCUGCUAGCCAUGCGGGCACAAUGAUCGACGAGAAGGAUGAUGGUAUUACAACAGGCUGGAUCUGUGUGAACGCGGGAAUAGUCGACAAGGGCUCUUCUCAAACCCAGCUUAGUGAUGUCGGAUUUGAAGGCUUUGGUCAACUGGAUCUCGGGACGAGCGUGGUGGUUCAGAUGUUCACCGAGGAAAAGAGAGCCGAUGUUGACCUAGAUGGUCUAUGGCAGGGGACUCUGGAUCGAGCUGAGCGCAGUCGACUUAGACAUGAGUCUGAGACUGCUUCCGCUACCGAUUCUCCCAGCUUUACUUUCUCUGCCGGUGGAAUGAGUACCCCUGGAGGUCAGCGCCGAGGUCUUCAUACCGGACGGCAAAUCAAGGUGGGCUCAAAUCAAGAGGAUAACGGACUUGAAAUGAGCACGGACUACUUGAUGGAAAAGCUAGCUGCACUUCCGCACGAGAAAGCUCGCAUUCAGCUUGGAGCUGGUCCUGAGGAUCAAGACUCAACACUCUUUUUAAAGCAAUUGUACGUCAGUUUGCCAGCCGACGCAACAUCCAAGACAACGAGCCUCACAAAACUGAGACUUUCUAUAAUUGCAGUAUCCCGACAACACCCCGGUUAUAGCAAGGAAUUCCUGGUCAAUGCACUCAACGAUAUUCUCUCCGCUGACGACAAAGUACCCGAUGAGCUCGGCUUUGAUACCGUUGCUGCUUUGUUGACACCUCGGCUUGGAGAGACCCCAGCGCAAGAACCCACACAGUUCCUGCCCGAUUCAGACGUAGAGCUUGCAUUACAGGUUCUCGAACGACUGAGCGUUCGUGGUGUACCAAUUCUCAAUAUGAGAGUGUUCAACGUGCUUUAUGAUGUGGCAGCCUUGGCCCCUGAGCCAUAUAUCUCCACUGAAAAAGCUCAACGAACGGUGGAACACAGACAGCAGUUGUUGACUCGUCUCUCUAAGAUUGUUUCCGCAGCACAGGUCUCAUUUGACGAGGUCGAGGCUCGUAAACUUAUGUUCAACCAACUUCGGUACCAAGAUCUUGACGGAUUCUGGCGCCUGUGGCGCAUGUUCCCCCUGCAGAAAGCCUCUCGUACCCAAGCAGAUUACAUGAAAAUGUUCCAAGUUCAUGCAGAGCUGGGAGAUGAGCGACGAGCUCGUGACUGUCUUUCCACAUGGGUCCCCAUGAUGAGCCGAGAAACCACUCCAAUCAUUCUGCAAGGGCCCAUUGUGUCAGCUAUUAUGGAAUGUAUCCUGGUUGCUGAUCCGGAGAUUCGAUACCGAGAGGAGGAUGGUUCUCGUAAUUAUUUCACAGCUUUAUGGGCUCAGUGCCAGCGGGCCCUUGAGCAGGCCGAAGAGAUGAUGGAGGAAACUGUCAACCAUGUAUAA